AUGAUUUCACAAGAUCCAUUGCCAGAUGACGCCGAGGAAAACAGGUCGCAACGAGCCUCUUUAUCCGCCCGAUCCCUUCGCCGGAAACAACUCCAAUCACAUCUGGUGAUUAUCUCGCUCUUCCUCUGCCUUUUUCUGGCUGCACUCGACGUAACUAUAGUUGCACCCGCAUUGCCAGUCAUCGCCAGCCACCUCAAUGCGACAACAUCACAAUAUACCUGGGUUGGCAGCGCGUACACUCUGGCUAGUACUUCCACAACACCGCUCUGGGCCAGGAUAUCAGACAUAUGGGGCCGGAGAGCAAUUUUGAUGCUUUCCAAUGCUGUCUUUCUAUGUGGAAGCCUUGUCUGUGCGCUGAGCAGAACCCCUCUCAUGCUCAUCGGAGGACGAGCAGUACAAGGUGUGGGCAGCGGAGGAAUCAUUGUCAUGGUCACCAUAAUAGUGGCAGAUCUAUUUCCGCUCCGCGAGAGGGCGAAAUAUUAUGCUCUGACUGGCAUUAUUUGGGCUAUCUCAAGUGGUGUUGGCCCUAUUCUGGGGGGCGUAUUUACACAAACAAUUGGCUGGAGAUGGUGCUUCUACAUCAACCUGCCGUUUGAUGGUCUCUCGUUGGUGGUCCUCUUUUUCUUUCUGCGUCUUGCACCAGUACGUGCAGCUGCUGGCACUCUCCGCUCGUUUGAUUGGAUUGGCUCUGUUCUCGUUGUCGGGGGUACUGUCUGCUUCUUGUAUGGACUUGAAUCCGGUAGCGGCAACGAGCACAACUGGGACUCCGCAUUCACACUGGGCUUACUGAUUGGAGGACUUGCGAUUCUUGCGAUAUUUGGCUACUAUGAGUGGUCUGUCGCAAAGUGCCCCAUCUUACCCCUCCGCAGUUUGGUUAGCCGAUCAACAAUCCCUUGCUUUUUGACGGCCUUCUUUCACAGUUUCACAUUUAUCGCCUAUGAUUACUUCAACCCGCUGUACUUUCAACUUGUCCUGCAUGUCAGCCCCAUUCAGUCGGGUCUAUACUUGUUUGCUAUGGUGCUACCUCUGUCCGCGAUGACCCUGGCGAGCGGAUUCUUCGUCCAACGCACGGGCGCAUACCGUCCAGCGAUAUGGUUUGGAAGCUCGUUCAUGGUGGCUGGGACGGGCCUGUUCAUUGAUUUUGGGCCCCAGUUGGUGUUGUGGAAAAUUGUGGUCUACCAGCUCAUUGCUGGUGUUGGUGCUGGGCCCCUGUUUCAAGCACCGAUGAUUGCGUUUCAAAGUGCCCUGAAGCCGGAGAAUGUGGCCACCGGCAAUGCGGCUCUAACUUUUUUAAAGAAUCUGGCCACGUCUCUCUCGCUAGUUAUCGGGGGUGUGGUGGCGCAGAGUGGGUUAGGGGAUGUUCGUUUGUCUAGCCUCAAUGGAGAUGGCGAGACUGACGAGGGGGGUGUCAAUCAAACGGCUCUUCUUCCCGGCUUGCGCAAAAUGUGGAUCUUUUAUACGGCUAUUUGUGGUACCAUGGCAAUUGUAUCGCUGACGAUCAAGAAGUACAGCCUAAGCCAGGAUAACGAAAGCGAAAGGGGGGUUAACAACGCUGAUUGA